AUGUACGAAGCCUCGACUGCUGGUAAAGUGGCCGAAACUCCCUCGCUUAUUUCCACGCCCAUGGCCACGAUUCUGGGCCCGGAGUACAGCACCAGUAUCGUGGACAGCGUCGGUCUCUUCGAAAAUGAGAUGUUCAUGUCGGCAAUGCACGGUGGCUACGCUGGAGGCAAGACAUCUGCUUUCAAACGUGUCGCGGACCCGCGUCACAUAAUUGCAUAUGCCUGCUCCCUACCAAGAGAGCCGAUGGAACACGGCCUUAUCAUCGUGGUGACUGGAGACAGCUGUGCGGGCAAAGCUGAUGAUUUCAAUGAUUAUGGCAAGACUACGCGUGUUGUUAGCAUCAGCGAUGCAAUCAUGCGGCAAUUUGCCGCGGCUACGGGCGCGGACUUGAGACGAUUGCUUAGCAUGAGAGAUCAGGCGCCGGUCACAACUUUGGGCCACCUGGUGCCCAACAGUAGGCUUGUCGAUGUCCGCGUCAAACCCGAGCUAAUUAUACAACUUCGGCAAAGAUUCAGCACUGGCAUAGAAGAUUGCAAUGGCUCUCAAGAGGAACCUAGCAAGCUGACAGCUGAGCUGCUGCCGGCAAGGGGUGACUGCGACUACAGGCCCAACUUGUCUUUCUAUCAUGACACCGCGGGAGAUGACGCUGCAAGAUCGUUCGCAGGAAAACGUCUGCUUCCUCUAAUACGUGCAGACUUGAGGCGGCUCAUUGAUAUGGUGCGCGUCAUACCAGACCUUCCAUGUCCAGGCAUCGAAUUUCGCAAUAUUCUUAACAUCGCCCAGAUGCCAGGUGGCCUGGCUCUAUGUACGACUCUUCUACAGUCUCACUUCACGGGAACCUGGUCAAAAGUCGACGCCAUUGUCAGCUGCGAGGCAGGCGGCUUCAUCUUUGCGUCAGCGUUAGCGUUGCAGGUUGGUCUGAUGUUAGUCCCGAUCCGAGAGGCUGGCAAGCUGCCGCCGCCUGUUGUUUCUUUUGCCAGGCCUGUGUCUCACAUCUCAUCCGGGGUGAACGGGGCGUCAGUUGUGGUCGUAGAUGACGUGUUCACGUCGGGGGAAACGAUGUGUGCGAUCUUGAAGCUGUUGAAGGAAGUAGGCCUUGGGGCUGAGCAGAUCAGCGUGAUGACUGUGGCUGAGUUUCCACUCAUCUGGUGUAGCCUGCAAGCGGUUUGAUUUUCGGUCGUGCAUCGUGCCUAAGUGAUAGAGCAAUUGCGUGGAGAGUGUUGACAAUCUCUAGUGUCAAGACCAGAUACCUCUUCGUCGGUUAUGGUGUUGUCUUAACCUCACUGGCAAUGAGCACACGUAAGCUUCUCGAGGGCAACGACAGUAAAAAGAUUUCCUUUGAGGCGAGUGAUCUACUGCGAGCUGUGGGGAGUUCGUAUGGUCAAUAAAUACUCCCUUUAAAUAUCACAUGAAUACAGAUAUCUGACGACGGGGGAAGCGAGACCGGGGUCAGCAUGCACAGCAC